AUGAAAAUUUUUCAGUUAUCGAAAACAUUUGCAUUAGAAAAUUGUAAAAUACCAUUAGACAAUUAUAACAAACUCACACAUAAUUAUAAAGAUCCAACGAAUGAUAAUCAUAAUAAUCUAAAUAUUAAAAGAAAUAAAAGAUUGUAUAACAGCAGUGACAGUGAUGAUUAUAAAUUCAUGACUCAUCAUUCUAAUAAUAAUUAA